GAUGUUGAAUUUUGGAAGGAAAUAAUGAUGCUUUCAAAUUACAAACAUGAGAAUCUUAUUUCUCUCUUAGGCUAUAGCGAUGAUGAUGGUGAGAGAAUUCUUGUGUAUGAGUAUGCAUCCGGUGGAAGCUUUGAUCGCAAGCUUGGUAAAACUAGUCUUACAUGGAACCAGUUGCUCAAGAUAUGUAUUGGGGCUGCGCGUGGACUAAACCAUCUUCAUGAUCCUGUUGAUGGGACGCAACAAAGAGUUCUUCAUCGAGAUGUAAAGAGCUCAAACAUCCUACUCGAUGAGAAUUUGACUGCUAAAAUUUCCGAUUUUGGCUUAUCAAAAUUCGGCCCAGCAGCUAACCAACAGUAUACAUAUCUUAUUUCCAAUGCCGUCGGUACACAGGGGUAUUGUGAUCCCAUGUAUAUGGAGACGGGCUCCUUGUCAAAAGAGUCUGAUGUAUACUCUUUUGGAGUGGUCUUAUUCGAAGUAAUGUGUGGGAGACCAUGCUUUGAGUUACGUAAUGGUGAGCAAAACAUUUUAGUGCAUAAGUGGAAACAAUGUUACCAGGAGAAUGGAUUAUAUGAUAUCAUCUCUAAUCAUCUAAAGGAACAGAUGGAUAUGGAUAUAUGUUAUAGGGAUUCUGUUGACACAUUUGCAAGCAUUGCAUACCGGUGUGUGCACAGAGAUCGGAAAGAAAGACCAAGGAUGGCAGAGGUAGUCAAAGAACUUCUGAUUGCACUUGAUAUUCAAGAAUGUUCUGGAAAUGUUGACGAGAGAAAUAAAUAUACAGAAUUAGUCAGCAUUGCAAAACUGGUCACAAUGCCACAACAUAUUGAAUACGAUUGUUUGCCUCGGGAUAUCAUACAGAAUCCCGCCCCCAUAACUGACAGAUCUCGAACUGAACUUGCAUCGCUUUUCUUCCAAGGGAUUCAUGUUUUGAAGGGCGAGCAUAGGCUCGAACGAAACGAGAAUGGGGAAUUUUAUGAAUUGAUAAGCGGAUACAAUUGUAUGCCUCUGGAAAUUAGAACGGGUGAUUGGCGUACAGGUGUUUCGCGUCACUUUUACACAUUUAACACGGGUGUGUUCUAUAGGGGGAAAGGUUUUCCUUGUAUAUCAAUUAGCUCCUCUAAUAAACUGGUAGCAUGCCCUGAGUUCUUAUCAGUUAAUGUCACGUACAACAUGAACCUCUUCUACCGAUAUCUUGAUGAUGUUGAUAAAGGGGAACAUGUACCCUUGAAAUACAAAUUGCAUGAGGAGGAAGAAUAUUGGACAUCAUGUGUAGCGCAAAGAAGAGGUGAAUGGCUAAUAACGACACUAUACCAAUUUACUAACUACCAAAAGAAACAUGAUUUUAGGAUUGAAGUCAUAGGCCGGUUGCGCCCUGAUCAUGUUCAUCAGAAAGGUGAUCAAUGUGAAAUUUGUGCGCUGUUUCUUGUAGGCAUUGAAUUCAAGCCCGUGGAGCACGAGGAAGAUGUAAAUUUGGAGGCUCGUGAGAUCAAGGUGGAUAUGCAACCAGAUCUAGACACUGACUUGGAAGGGAAACUGCCAAGUGAUUAUGCUGAAUUAACCAAAUUGUCAAAAGAUAAUAUGCAGGGGAAAACUCACAAGGAACUCUACUAUCUUCUUCGUAACGGUUUUUUAAUCCAUACAAACGAUGAAAAAUGGUUCUCUGUUUCCAAAAGUAUGAAGAAACGUCAUAUGCUUCCGGCAAAAGUAGUUUUGCAAAAAGGAUCAACAUCGAAUUUUCUUUUCUGGAUGCAACAAUUCACAUGGAAAUCUUCUCCGGAAUCAAGGUUUGAAUUAGUGGCCGAGUGCUGUAAGAUAAAAGAGUUUACCGUUGAAUGUGAAUUGGAAUCGCAGUUAUUGUCACUGGAAACAACCUAUGCAUGUUAUCUUGUGUACAAACUACCUACAAAUCCCUCCUUGGUUAGUGGUCUGCUACAAAUUGACGACAAAACCCGCCAGGGUAAGAGCAAUCAGAAGCUACAAGUUGUUGAUUUACUUACUCCUACUCAUAUCCCGUUUAUCAGACGCAGAGUUGAUGAGCCCCAUGACAUCCCAAAAAGGACUCGCAGAAUAAAAGGCCACCCAAAAUUGAGGAAAGAUGGUUGGUUAGAAAUUCAAAUAUGUGACUUCAUCUACACGGAUGCUACCCAGAAACCAAUCACGAUGCACUGUCACGUGAAAAAUUACGAUCGAUGUAAUCUUACAGGUCUUCUUGUACAAGGCAUUGAGUUUAGGCCCGCAAAAGUUUUCUUUGCAUCUUCACCUUGAUUCAUUACAUGUAAGACAAUGUGAUAUGCAUUAAUUUUUAUUGAUGGAUGUUUUGGUUC